AAAAAAAGUGUACGUGUCGAUACUUCAUGUUUUCUCUGGUCUUUGCAAGUUUGCAUGAGACAUAAAUAAUAACAGUAAGAUUAGCAUUUGGUAGGAAAUCAUUUUUCUGGUUUUAAAUCAUAGCACAAUAGGUAUAUUAUAAAUAUGAACAUAUCAAUAGAGAGAAAAAAAACCGAUUGCCCUGCUCUUCCAAAGGGUUGGCAAAGAGAAGAAGUAUUAAGAAAGAGCGGACUUUCUGCUGGGAAAGUUGACGUUUACUAUUACAGCCCAACAGGUAAAAAGUUUCGCAGUAAGCCUGAGCUAGUUCGUUAUCUCGGUGAUAGUGUGGACCUUUCUUGUUUCGACUUUCAACAGGGUCAAAUAAAUACAAUGCUGCUGUGCAAGGCCAAGAAAGCUCGAGCGCAGUUCGACUACAGAGGGGUUCGAUCUGAUGCAUCACUUGUGCCACCAAUUAGGCAGACAGCUUCUAUAUUUAAACAACCGGUGACAGUUUAUAAGACACAAGAGAGUAAGGUCAAGACUGACCUCAAGCAUGGCACUCAGGAGAAACCAAAACAGCUUUUCUGGGAAAAGAGAUUAGAAGGCUUAACAGCAUGUGACGCAAAUGGUGUGAUAGGAACAACGAAAUUGCCAAAAUAUAUCAAACCUCUGGGCCCAUACAUAUCAGAUGCAACUACAAUACAGUCUCUUGCAACUGCACUGCAUGUCUCAUCACAGCCUAUCACAGGUCAAACUGGCCCCAAACAGGCAAUACUGGAGAGCCCCGGUGUUUUUUUAAACCCUGAGCAGCCUCUUAUAGCAGCUGUUACUAUAACUAAAGAAGAUGUGAAACGACAAGAAGAGCGAGUUAACCGAGCACGUUUGAGGUUGCAAGAUGCUUUAGCUGCUGCAUAGGGUUUAGCCGGCGACGGGGAACUUGCCCCCGUCGCCGACCCUGAAGCAGAGCCUGAUGCUUUGCCUGCUACAACUCCUGGAUCCCCUAAAGCACCUGCCUUCGAAUGUUUGACUGAUAGCAUUGAUUUGAUUCUAUGAAAGUGUAUGUAUGUGACGUUUGAUUGACACAAAGAUGUAUGUAUUGUUUAAUUAGUUUAGGGAACAUGUAUCGAAAACGUGUUUAGUAUAGGUAGGUACCGCCAUGUAAAAAGAGCACUGGAUUUAAAACUGCGUUACCUGUAUAAAUACCACUGCACAGGCUGUUCCUUAGGUUUGACAGCAAAUUUUUUGUGCCUAUUUGAAGCGCCACUCGCGAGCGUCCAGAGAACUAAUUUUGACGUAUAAUACAAAUGGCUGUGAAGGAACGUACGAUACUCUGAAGUAUUAUUGCAUUUUGAAUUUAUUUCGUUCGUUUUCCGUGUUAUUUAUACUUCAAGAAUCAACGUAAAAAAUUACAAUUUUUUUUUGUAAAUAGUUUCCCACCAUCUAUCGAUGUCAUCAUCAAUCACUAAUUUUAGUACCGCAGACUCUCGCUACAUGGCCAACAGCGCCAAAAUGGCGAAUAUGAAACAGGGACAAAAGCACUUUGACAGCCGCCAGUCCAGUGGUUUAUAGUAGAGGUCAGUGGUUGUAUCUAUUUGUCGACCAUUUUGGUGGUAAAUGCGGAGGGGAGAGAUGCGCUGAAAGUCUAUGGCACUACGCUACGGUCGGUUAGUCGAAAAUAGUAACGUGCGCUUUGGUUUUUUUUGCUUGAUUACAGUCUCGUUUAACAAAAAUAUAUGCUUUAUAUUAAAAAAACAUAAUCACAUCACGCAGGUAUUUCGCGCCGAAAAUUAUUAUAACCUCAAAUCUAAUCAAGCUUUUUUUUUAAACAACUAGUGCUUUCCUUACAAAUAAACUCAUCAAGUUCAACUCAAGUGAUUUCAUGGACUUAGUAAUAGUCUCAAUAUAUCAAUUGACCAAUGUGAAUGCUCUCUUUUUACGUGGCACCUUAAUAUCUAUUUAACUGGUAGAUUUUAAGUCUAAAACCGCGCAACGCGUUGUGCUUUUGACGAAGCCAUGACAAGCAAGCUCUAAAGCACGAUCCACGUUCUCAUGUUCAAUUAAUAUUGUACAUAAUAUAAAGUAGCUUCAGCAAGGCUAUAUUAAUAAAAGCUCUUUAUUGAAUUAGGAAUGAGUGGAUCGCUUUGUGAUCUUCAUUUUUCAAAACUGCCAGUGUAAGUGUGAAAUCAAGUAAUAUAAUAUUAUAUUUAAGAUAUUAAUAAUUAAAGAUUUGCCAAUAGAAAUAAAAUCGAUAACGCUUUUGAUUUUGCGCGUUUUAAUAUUUCCAGGCCUACACUGUACUGUACAAUACUUAUUCUAAAUAUUAUGCAGUCGAUUGUCAAUCGCUGACUGGUGCCCCUUUAAUUCCAGUUAGGUACAGCUAAAUAUAUUUGCCAUUCUGAAUUUGAUCGAAGUAAAAGUCCUCUCAACCAUGAUCGGACAUAAAAAAGUUGAAAAUCUUACACCUAGGUACCUGCAUAGGCAAAGUAUGUAGGUACCUAAUUAAUUAUUCUGAAUUUUAUAUUCAUUUUGCUAAUUUGUUACACGAAAUGAAUAGACAACUGAAAGGAUUGAUUUCAUAAUGAAGAAAUUAUCAUCAACCGGAAGACGUUCACUGCUGGACAAAGGCUUCUCCCAAAGGUUUCCACGACGAUCGGUCCUGCGCUGACCUCAUCAAACCUAUUCCGGCGAUCUUGACCAGAUCGUCGGUCCAUUGACGUACUUGGUACGUGGUCGCCAUUCGAGGAUUUUACUUUACCAACAGCCAUCUGUCCGUCCAACUAUUAGCCCUGCCUACUGCCACUUCAGUUUUGCAAUCUUGAAGACUUUGGUUCUCCUACCGAUCUCCUCAUUUCUGAUUCGAUCUCGCAGUUCCCUGCGAGCAUAGCCCUCUGAGCAACCAUGAGUGUUCUCAUCAGGCACAUACUUAGCGAAAUACUUUUUAUAAAUAAAAAAAAUAUUAAACAAGUUUUUACUCAGUAAAAUCUUCUCGUCCCGAAUACCAUAGUGUCUGAAGAUGAAGGUUUUCAACCAGUAUGUGUUGCCAGCCAGUGAUGACUUACAGUACGCAGAUGUGGUCGCUAAUGAAGAAAUACAUAAAUGAAAUUUAUACUUGACGAAUAUAGUAGAUUGAAAUUAAAAUAUCAGUUAUUGAAUUCCAAUCAAAUACGAUACAAACCGUGCCCUAUUGCAUUUUGAUUAGGUUAGUUCUUAGUGUCCUCAAUGGUGGAAUGCGAGGAACAUUGGUAAAUGAGUGUGGAUGGAAAUGGAUGAACAUACACCAUUAUCUUAAUGGUAGGCCCUCACAUCCUUACUCUUUAAAACCAUGUUUCCACAUUACUAAGUUUAAAAAACGUUAUUAAUUUGAAACAUUGUACUUAUAGGUAAUCAUAAUAAUAAUAAAAAAUAGAUCUGCACUAUUAAAUACAAAUAAAAACAUUUUAUACUUCAA